UCACCACUGAACUACGGCUACUCUAGAGCCUCUCGCCCAGCUGUUCAUCCCUGCUUCCCUGCUGUCUGUAUUCACUCAGUCAGAAGGAUUGACCGAGGUUGAACUUGGCUUUGUUGAAAACGAGCUACCGGAUCGGCCCGAUAUGUCGUCUGGAUUCGCCGACUUCGACGCGGGCCAUCGUGACCUAGUUACCGUCACCAAGUUCAAUUUCUACGGCAAUCGCAUCGUCACAGCCUCGUCUGAUCAUCGGAUCAAGGUCUGGGACCAAAAAGAUGGCGAAUGGCAGUUGACAGACACCUGGCGUGCUCACGACGCUGAAAUCCGCGAUGCUACUUGGAAUGGCCCGUUUUCAGGUCAGCAUAUUGGCAGUGUGGGAGAAGACAUGAAAUGUAAGAUAUGGCAAGAAGAUGUCACGCAGCCGCCCAAUUCGGGCCGACGGUUCAGGCCUAUUUUUCGCAUGACGGCUCCCCAUCGCCAUCCGUUUGUUUCUCUGGACUUCCGUAAUAUCGACCUGGAGUCAUGGCUUGCUGUCAUCACUCGCGAUGGCUAUCUUAUGGUCAUGGAGCCUGUGACCCCGGACACGCUCGCUGACUGGCAGCCUCUCGAUCAAUUCCGGGUCUGCGCCGUGCCACAGCGAGGCGAGGAGACCAGUUUCAAAGUCCAAUUUCACCAUGAUCCGUCGGAUAGAACGCAUUCGGUUCUACCCAACUCGGAUCGUAAGAGCCUCUCCCUCGUGGUGGCCGCCAUGGAUACAGUCAAGGUGUAUCGCACAGACUCCAAUCGCCGGUUCUAUCACGCCAUUGAAUUGAGCGGACACGGCGGUCUUGUGCGAGAUAUCUCCUGGGCCAAUGGCUCAGUUCGAGGAUACGACCUUAUCGCUAGUGCUUGCAAGGAUGGCUUUGUUCGUGUUUACGAAGUUUAUACCUCAAUAUCCAGCAAUGGCACUCAGAAGUCGAAUGGCCGUCAUGGUGCACUCACCCAGUCGCCAUCGAUGCGCGCAACAACACAAUCCGGCAUUGGCUCUGCUCUUGCAAAUCGCCCCCCUGCAUCCAUGUCUAACCGCCCAGCGACCGGUGACUCGCAAUUCGAGCAUUCCUACAGAGAAGUCGCAUGUAUUGAUAGCAAGCAUCUCGACGUGUGGCAAGUCGAGUUUUCGUAUGCUGGUGACUGUCUCAUCUCGUCUGGUGAUGACGGAACUGUUCGAUUUUGGAAAAAGUCCUUGUUAGGUGAAUGGCUAGAGUAUGCCGAAACCAACAUGGCAUAUCAGUAGCUUGCUUUUCUUCUCGAAACUAUGUUUCCAUGCCUGCUGUGUUUAAUUUCUGCGUGUUGAAGAGGAUGGGAUGGGAUGCUCUUUCUCUUUGCUGCGGCCUUCUCGACUACUUCCUUUUCUGUGAUUACCCCUUUUGCCUCAUGUCUGCAUUUGAUAAACUGUGAUACCCAUUCAAUCAUGGCAUGUCUCCAUGUCUGAUUCUAUUUAAUUAUUCUUCGCCUCUGCAUUCUUGGAACUCAGAUAACUGAGCUUAUAUGGUCAAAUGUCUAUAGACAUGGGAUUUUCGCCGACCAAGAGAACUUAAUUCAUGCUCUUCGUGGUUUCCCAACGAUCUCACACAGGAUCAAUGUCUAGCAGGGCGGUUGCGACCGGAACCUACCCUGCUGGUAGUCUAUUCGAGUGUAUCUACGUGUAGCUGGCUCUUCCGUUCGUUCGCUACCUAUCCACGCUACCUAUUCGUUCUUCUAAUGAAUCCAUAACCCUAUCAAGGGUCAUUAUUC